CUCCGAACGGAGGAGGCAGCUUGCCAAUUAAAUAAAUAUUUGUAAAAAUUUCUUGUUGAAAAAGGGUUCAUCAGAUCUAAGUAGAUUAGCUCAUUCAAGGCAAGUGUCCAAGAAGGAGACAAUUCAAAAUACAAUUUAACGGCAUUAUGGCCGAGAUCUUGUCGCGCGAAAAGGAACUCUUCAAUAUUAAUCAGGAGCUAAAUCUGAUGGCACUGAAUCCCGCCGAAGAUGGCAGCCAUGCGGUCACUCAGUCCCGCUAUAGCACCUAUCUCAAGCAGAAGGGUCCCAGCACGUUGCUAAAAAAGAAAAUGAAUGUGGAUGGCGGCAGCGGCAGCGCCAGGACAACGGCCAGGCGUGGCCACAAAGGAUCACGGGCGCUCAGAUCGCCCAUUAAAAGUGCUGCAACAACACCAACAACAUUGACACCGCCAUCGACGCAGGUGACAACACCACGGUGCAAGCCCACGACGACCCUAAUGUCGCAAUUGAACAAGUCCAAGAUGCCCGACUGGCGGCUGGGCAAGGCGCAGACCAAACAAGCCCCAACAACCAACAACAACAGCAACAACAGCAACAACAACAACAACAUCAACAACAACAACAACGCCAACAACAACGGCGGCGCACAGCAGCCGGCUGGCCGAAUCGAUAGUACCUUUACGCGUAGGGCAAGCCAUAAAACGGCCACAUACGUCAAGUAUCGCAAUCCGAAUUUCAAGCAAAGUCCAUCGUUGGAUAUUCUGUUGCGGCACGGCGAUGGCCUAGACGCGCAGCAACAGCCGGCGGUGGAGCUAGAGGUAGUGCAGCAGACACGCGAGAGCACAACGGUGGUCAAUGGACAAUCCAAGAAGCAGCUAACGCAGGACAACUUCAUCAGAUUUCUCAAAGCCAAGGUCACCAUUUUGGAGGAGGAUCACGGACAGCUGACGCAGGACAUGACCGAUCAGAAGGAGCGCUUGGAGCAGGCACUUGAUGCAUUGCGCAAGGCGGAAAGUCAACGGGAUCAGGCAUUGAACUCGAACGUCAAGCUAUCCGAGCAGCUGCAUCGUCUCGAACUGCAGUCCGAGGAGGCCAACCGCAGGCAAAAGGAGCGCCAAGUGGAGUACAACAACCAACAGCACGAGUUGGAGCUGCUGCGGCGCGACACUAAAAUGCUGAAGCAAACCAAUGCCAAUCUGGAGAAUCGCCUAAUACGCGCCAGCGAAGAUGCCGAAACCAGUCGCCAGAUGCUCAGCCAGCAGGCUAGCCAGCAGCGCGACGAUCUCGAGUACAAUCGCAAGGAGCUCAAGUUGCGAGAUGGUCGCAUUAAAGCCCUGAAACGCCAGCGUGCCGACCUCCUGAAUGCCUACAAGAAGCAGCUCUUUAUGAUUGACAACCUGAAGCGGCAGAAUAGCUGCGUGGAGCAGGCGGUGGCCAUUGGCUUUGGCGAGAAGGAAUUCAGCAAGGUGCUCGAUUGGAAUGCGGGUAGCAAGGCAGUAUUUUAGUUCGGCCUAUAAGCUGAUCUAUUUAAUUUAUUUUAAUUUCGGAACUGGUGCAUUUUUGAAUCGCUUGUACUUAAUUAAAUGUAGUAUAUCAAUUAAAUUUUAUGUUAGGACACGCCAC